CCACCAGUGAAUCGAAGAUGGGCGAGAGAACAAGUGCUCGAGAAAACGCCCGACAGUCCGACGGAAUAAGAUGGUAGAUUUACAGGACUCACUGGUUUAACUGGAGCGGCGAGCAGUGAUGAACAUAAACUUAUGAACUGAUGUAAAACCAGUAUGUUUCAUAGUGAUAUUUGCUCUGAGACCGUCAAGCAAGACGCUGAGAAGUGAUGCUGGAAGGACAGACAUCCUCAGUGAAGGACAGCAAGAAAGUGUGAGAAGAGCAAUGGGGCGGACUCCUGCAGACAUCGAUGGAGAUCAGGAUCCAGCAGUCGCGGGCCCUUCCGCCUGGUUCCGUAGCUACAUGCACGGUGGGACGUCCAGCCUCAUCUCCACUCUGACCACCGUGAUCACCUUCCCCGUCUACAAGACGGUGUUCCGCCAGCAGCUGCACAACACCAUGGUCCGGGAGGCGGUGGCGCAGCUGUAUAAGGAGGGCCCGCGCAAGCUGUACCGAGGCGUGGCACCACCCCUGCUGAUGAAGACCCUCAAUGGGACCCUCCUUUUCGGCCUCCAGGACACUCUCCUACAGCAGCUUCUCUGGACUGGCUCAGUCUUACCUAGGAAUGCCCUUCCUGCCCUGGCCGGGUUCGGGACGGGUGUGGUUGAGGCUCUGAUUUUCACCCCCUUCGAGCGCGUGCAGAACAUACUGCAGAAUAGCAGCAAUGACCGCAGCCUGCCCACUCUCAGGAGCAUCCUGGUCCGACUAAGCUCCGAAACGUUAGCCUCUGGCUAUUACCGAGCCUUGCUGCCUAUACUUGCCCGCAACGCCUUAGGAAACACCCUCUACUUUGGCCUGAAGGAUCCAGUGACGAGUGCCUUAAAGGAGCGUGGCCUUUCCCCCAUAGCGUCCUCCUUCCUCUCUGGCGUGGUCAACUCCAUGUUGAUCAGCCUGCCUCUGUACCCUCUGUCCGUGCUGGUGGCCAACAUGCAGGCCCAGGUUGGUGGAGAGAAGCUGGGGCUGAGGGCCUGCGGGCAGCAGCUGUGGAAGGCCAGGCAGUGCCGUCUGACCCUGCUGUACCGCGGAGGCUCACUGGUCAUUCUCCGCUCCUGCGUUACCUGGGGCAUCACCACAGCCAUAUAUGACCAGCUGGAGAGGCGUGCAGGCUGAGCAGCCUCCAAAAUUAAGAUUAUCAGGUUUCAGGGAUCAGUCAAUAUUCAUAUAUACCAAAAAAUCUGAUUCCACAGAUGAGCAUAUAUCUGCCAUAUACUGUGUUUCCUGUAUCUCUUUAUAUUUUAGCGCUGUAAAAAGUGGAUUGUGAAGCAUUGAUCUGAAGGUGGCGGAAUAAUUCAUUAGGGUGAAUGUUAGUAAAAUGGGAAAAGGUAAAAGAGGAACUUAAGCUUGAUCCUCCAUAUCUUAAUGUGUACAUACUUCAGUGAUCAAAAAUCAUAACUGAGUUCAUCUUUUGGAAGUAAAGUUUUAAAGCGGUGGGGUUUCAUGUUUGUGAUGUCAUUCCUGAAGUGUGACACGAUCCAUAUAUAAACCAGGAUCACGAAAACCAAUAGCAUUACUUACACACUGUGACACCCACUCAUGUCAUGUAAGGGGUUUAUGGAAGGAUACAGUAAAGUUCAUUAUUAGUUUGCAUGUUAACAAUAACGAUGACAAUGUUUAAUAGUAACUUCUGGCCAAAAUAGGUUUUCUACCUCGUCAAAAGGAGAUUCAGAGGAUUGUAUAGAUUUUGUUUCAGAAAAAAACCUGCCUGGUUUCUGUUGAACCACAAAGCCAGCUGGACAGUUUUAAUCUAAAGGUUUCUCCCACAGACACCCAGAUAUCAGCAAACAUACGUACAGAGCCUGUGUGGUGAGACGGUGAUUAAUUUUAAAUAUAUGAAUCUACAGUUGAAUGAAUAUAUUGAGGCUACAUGUUAUGUUUCUCAAUAUAUUAAUUUAUGGCCUUGAUAUAUUAAUUAGUGUCCAGGCCUUAUUAAAACAUACCACCCUGUCACCUCAGGGGCCGAGAGUAAGGAAAUUAAGUGUCUAAUUUCGGCAGUAUAGGUGUCCCACUUUCACAGUAUUCCAUGAAACAAAUCCAGGGUUCAGUCAAUUGAGGUUCUCACUAUUACUCAUCAUUUUAGACACUUGUCCUUCAGGGUUUGGGGGCGGAGCUAGAGCCUAUCCCAGCGCUUAUUGGGUGGAAGGCAGGAAACACCCUGGACAGGUCGCCAGUUAAUCGCAUGGCAGACAGACAGACAUA